AUGACCAUAAUGAAGGUGCGGAAAGUGCCGACUGACGAGUUGGCGACGACCAACUGCGCCAUCGUCAGCCGAGACGAUUUCGACGCCAAAGGGACCAAGUUCGUCUCACAAACAUCAUCAUGAUUCUUUCAUGUGACGGGAGAAAUUGCGAUUUUUGCGCGAUAAACGAGAAGAUUCCCUAGGGAUCGUAGAAAUUUCUCUUGGAAUGAAAAUCUUCUAAUGGUGAUAGUUUUAUGUAGUAUUAAAAAGACUCAAAAAUUUUUAGCCGAAAAAAAACAAUAGCAUUGAAAAAACAAGUUUCAAGUUGACGAGGCUCAAUUAGCUGACAUAUUUUUGCUCUAUGGAGAGGAGUUAAGAUACCUCUGAAGUUCUGUAAAAGUUUCUCAUUUCUUUUUUCUCCAAUGUAAUUUGAGAAUAAUAUUUUUUUUUGGUAUGAAUGCGUCUUUUCAAUAAAUUUCAUUUAUUUAUUUUAUCACCGCCUAGUCGAUUCCAUCUGACUAAAACAACCAAUAAAUAUUGAUAAAUAUUGGUGAUGUUGAUGAGUCUGUUGAAUUUAAUUUAAAAAAGGCUGUCGAUAGAUUUUUUUGAUUGCGCGAGUGCUUUUUUCAGCCAUAUUUGAAAUGUUUACCGCGGUUUUUGUUUUAAAUUACAAAUCUCCAGUUGGCUUACACUUGAUGAGAAGAAAUUUAAAAGAAAACUUGAAAAAAGAAACCAAGAAAAAAAAUUUCAAUUUCGAAACAAAACCAUAAAACUGUGUUUCCAGACACAUAAUGGUGCGUACGGGACCGGCUCACCGGUUCAUUUUCUCCAUCAAAAACGAUUCUUCGAUGCGACGCGGCGAAGUCGGCUUCGCCAUGUCCCAGAGAAAAUGGGCGGCCCUGUCGUUGGACCAGGAGGUCGACGUCACGGCUCACUCCUUUGCCGUCAGUUCUUUUAGAAGAAUAUUUUGCUCAUUCUGAGUGAAGGAAAAAAUUUUCGGUUUACAAGUGACUUCUUUCUCAAGAUCAGAACUGACUCUGAAAAAAAAAAUCUCAAUUUAAAACUUUUUUUGCAAUUUUUUUGUAAGGAGACGAAAAAAUAGAUUUAAAAGAUCAGCACUACGAAAAAGGGUUAUCCACUUUCGCGUUUUUUUUUCAUUUUUUUUAAAAUUUUAUUGAACAGAUUACAACGGCAGAAAGCCUUUAAAAUGCAUCAAAGAUCCAUUUUUUUUUUAUUAAAAAAAAUAAAAAGGGGAAGGUAGUUAAAAAAAGAAGCGCUGAAUUGGGAAACUCAAAAAUAACACCAAAAGGUUAGUGAAUAAUCGAGGAAAAAAUUAUUCAUCGGUAAAGUUGGAAAGGGUGGAAAAUGGCUCCAUAGAAGUUUUUCUUUUAGGGUGAUGAAGGCUCCCUUUUUUGCUUCCCUUUUGCGCCAUUUAAUCGGCUUUCAUGCACCAUUUUUGCUGCCUCUCCCCUUUUCCACCAUUUCUUGAGCCUUCAAAAUCACAGAAAAAAGGCUCGAUAGGUCGACUCUUUUUGCUGCCUUUUUGCGGCCUUUUUUUGAGCCUCUCCCCUUUAGCGACCAUUAUCCACCAUUCCGGUUUUGUUCGAGUUGUUUAUAAGACUUGAAAUACAUUUCGAAGCUUGAUCAACUUCAGACGAACGAGUACAUCGGCUCGAUCGUCGUCUCCGCCGAUUUCCAGAGCAAGAAAAAGUAUUUCCGAAUUUCCUGCCUCAAAUAAUGACAGAAAACUUGUUCAGCGUGACUCCGGAACCUCUGAAUGCCGAUUUUAUGGCUCGCGAAUUCUCGAUGCAAUUCGCUGGACAGUCCUUCUGCAAGUAUUACCGAAAUGGUCCCUCCAUUUUUCAAAUUGUAUUUUCCAGAGGCUCUCUGUUGGUUUUCAAAUACGAAGACAAGGAAAAGGCCAAAACUCACAUGCUUUCUCUUGUCGUCAAGUCUCUUGAAGGUUAUUUUUCUAUUUUUAAUUUUACUUAAUAAUUUUUUCAGGAUUCGAUCUAUCAAAAGCGGUCAAUGGCGACGGGCCACCUGCCAAGCCUAUGCAGGUAGAAAUUCUCCUUUUUCUGGAUGAAAAUCAAAAAUAUAUCCCAGGUUGAUGCCGGCGAACUUUUGCCGAAUUCGGCAAUUGUUUUCGACAAAGAGGAAGGGUCCAUGCUGAACUUGAUUGGAAAAAGCAAAGGGUUUGUGUUUUUUCAACUUUAAAAACACUGUUAAAAUUUUCGGCGGAGUAAUUUUUUCUUGCCAGUUUUUUUUCUGAUGUUUUGGAGCUUCAAAUAGAUUUUUCAAAGUUUUUUUCUUUUUUUGAAAAAUCUGUAUGAUAUCUUCAAAAGAGAAGCAACACAAAUUUCAUGAAGGAACUUUGGAAUUUUCAGAUAAUCAUAAAAUUAGUUUAACUUAGUUUCAAGACAUCCUUUCAUUAGCUGUGAAAAAAACCUUGAAAAUUUUUUUGGAGGAAGCUAAAUUUUUUUAAAAAUCUUUUUUUACAGGUUUUUUUUAUAAGAUCUUUUCAGCAUUUCAUCUUGAUAGUUUUAAGGCAAUAAUCAUCGAUUUCCGAAAAAAACACUAAUAAUGAUUUUUUUAAAGGACUUUCAUAUUUUUUUCAGAUAAGCUUAAAUUUAGUUUAUUUUAAAUUCGCAACAUCCUCUCGUUAAAUGUAAAAAAACGCGUCUUUGUUCGCCUUUUUCUUUAUUUUUGGAAUUGUUUUUUUCUGAGAUUAAUAACCUUAAAAGCGAGUUUUGAGUCAUCGAAACAGUUACGGUUAAGGAAAUCAGCGUACCGAUCGAUAAUCAAUCCCGACUGGGACUUCCAAAAGAUGGGAAUCGGCGGCCUUGACAAGGAGUUCUCCGGAAUUUUCCGACGCGCUUUCGCCUCCCGAGUUUUUCCGCCAGAGUUCAUCGAACAACUCGGUUGGUUUCUUGAUUCAAUACCCGGAGAAAAUCAAAUUUGUAACUUCAGCCAUGAAACACGUGCGCGGUAUCUUGCUCUUUGGUCCGCCCGGAACCGGAAAAACUCUGAUGGCCCGGCAAAUCGGCAAAAUGUUGAAUGCCCGGGAGGCGAAGAUUGUCAACGGCCCUCAGAUUCUGGACAAGGUUCGAGAAAUCAAAAACAUCCAAUACAAUUUCGCGCCUCAUUCACUUCACAGUUUCUCAUUUCUUAUAAAUCGAAGUAUUUAUUCAAUUCUAUUAGUCUGUCCAAGGUAUAUCUAAAAAUGCGAAAAUCUCGAAGGAUCUAAAGUUUUACUGGCAAAAGUUCCUCACUUUGACUAUUCUUCCCAGAAAAAUAUGUUUAUUUUAAAAAAUCGGCAAAGUUUUUUGAAUAGUUCAGUUUUGGAGGGGAAAUAUUUGGGUGUGGAAAAACGGGUUUUUUUCCAAGGUGGUUUGAAUUGGGAGAAUUUUUUUGAAAAAUCUUGAAAAAUUUCUGCGUGGACAAUGCAAGAAAAAUAUAACUUAUUUUUCGUUUAUUUUUCUGAUGAAUCAGAUUCUAAAGGGGACUGCGGCUUUCAAACUUGUCAUAAUUUAAUUUAGUACCUAGUGAAAUAACAAAUAAAACAAACCAAAAAUAAAGAAGAAGAGUUUUCUUUUUGAAAGUAGCUUUCUCAUUUCUGGCAGGAAAUCAAAUAAAGAGUAAGAAGAAACUCAAUUUUUCUUGUCAAAAGUCUUCAUCAAGUUCUAUGCAAACUUUUGUAUUUCAGUACGUCGGUGAAUCGGAAUCCAACGUGAGGAAACUGUUCGCCGACGCCGAGGAAGAGUGGCGACGUUGUGGCGCCAAUUCCGGGCUUCACAUCAUCAUUUUCGACGAAAUCGACGCGAUUUGCAAGCAGCGAGGCUCGAUGGUCCUUUUUUUUCAUGAUAUUAAGAUUUCGCGAAAGUUCUUUCAUUUUUGGUCAAAAGUCCGGCUUGGCGGAGAAAAAAAAAGUUUGAGUGAAUUUCUGUUGGCUGUAGCUUACUUCAAAAAUUUCCAUACGGUGUCAAAAAGUCGAGAAAAAAUGGCCAUCCUUUCAAAAUGUGAUCAUAAUCAAAUAAAAAGUACAAGGUCUCAAAACGAUUGGUCGUAUCGUUCCUAGAGAUAUGAAAAGAGCAGCAAUGCGCUUUUAGAAAGAACUUCAGUUUGUACCAUUAUUAAUUCGAUUGGGUUUAGAUGACCUUGUUCUAAUUUUCACCUCUUUUUGGGAGAUUAGCGUGAGAUUUUCAGGCAGGAAGCUCCUCAGUCCAUGACACAGUCGUCAAUCAGUUGCUCUCGAAAAUGGACGGCGUUGAACAGUUGAACAACAUCCUCGUCAUCGGUUCGUACGGGAAUCAACCAAAAAACUGGAGAACUUCCAGGAAUGACCAACCGAAAGGAUAUGAUCGACGAAGCUCUGCUCCGUCCGGGCCGACUCGAGGUCCAGAUGGAGGUCAGUCUUCCCGACGAGACCGGAAGGCUUCAAAUCAUCAAGAUCCACACUGCACGAAUGCGGUUUAGCAUUAUUUCUUGUAAAAAGAUUUAAAAUUUGAGAUUUGAGGGUACCAUUUUUCAUGCUGGAUACGAGUUCCGCGAACUGAAAUAGAAAGAAACAACCAAAAUUUUAGUUCUCGUGGCUUUUUUCAUCUCAUUUUUUUUCAAUAAAUUUAUUAUAAAUUUUGAAAAAAAACCAUUCAACCAAAAAUAGGAGGAAUUUUUGGAAUUUCAUUAAAAGUCCUUUUUCGUAUUAGAUUAAAAUUGAGCUGAAUGCUUACUUUUUCUUAAGAAAUAUUUUAUUAUUUUUUUGCUUCUGACGUUUUAGUUUUUGUAUGAAGAUGUACUUGUGAGAAACCCUCCAAAUGCUUAAAAAUGAGGGAUUCAUUUUUAAUUUACCUUUUUGAAGCUGAUUGGCAAAAAGAAGGUUGGCUCAGUAAAAUUUUAUAAACCAAAUUAAAAAUGUUUUUUUAAAAAUUGAAUAAUUACGUUCAUAGUUUUUUUACAAAACUUUUUUUCAGAGAAUAUAAGAAACUGGACCCUCAAGUGAAUCUCGAGGAGUUGGCCAAACGGACGAAAAACUUUUCGGGUGCUGAAAUUGAAGGUCUUGUGCGGGCUGCGCAAUCCAGUGCCAUGAAUCGUCUCGUCAAAGCUGGCGGCAAAGUAAGUUCUCGCAUUUUGAAAAAAAAAAAUGCAAGUUUGUAAGGUCUCACUCAGGAGGAGAAAAGAGGAAAAAUCAGGAAGAAAAGUUGUUUAGAGUAGAAUCAAGAGAAGUUAAUUAUAAUGAAAAAAAUAUUAGAAUAAACUUUGCGUACAGUUUGUUAGCAGAAUGAGCAACUUGACAGUAGUCAAUUUUUUUGUAUAGUUCUGGCAGUAACAGGUGUAGUUGUAAAAAUAUCGAGAUGAUUAUUUUGAUAACGACAGGAUAAAUUUUUGAAAAAAAUUGUAUGGAAAAACUGAUUAUCAAAACGACUUUUUGACUCAUUUUAAAGGUGCAACUUGACCCUGACGCGAUCGAAAAGCUGAUGAUCAACGGUGAAGAUUUCGACUACGCCUUGGAGAACGACAUCAAGCCGGUCUGAAUCUCCAAAAUCAGUCCUUAAUUUUUCAAAUCCACAUUCCAGGCAUUCGGACGUUCUGACGAAUCUUUGAACAAGUUUUUGGACCGCGGAAUGUUCGUUUGGGGCAAGGAGGUUCAGGAAUAUCUCGAGUUUUCAAUAAUGAGAAUUUGAUUUUAGGUCACGAAUAUCCUCGAAGAAGGCGAUUUGUUGGUGGCGAGUGCGAAAAAUCCCGAGAACAGUGGUUCCGUUACGGCCGUUCUGGCCGGUAAAUGACGAAAUUUUUGAGAAAAAGGAUGAAUUUCUCUUUAAGGAGCUCCCCGGUCCGGGAAAACUUGUCUCGCCGCUCAAAUCGCCAAAAACUCCGGAUUUCCGUUUGUUAAAGUGGGUUUUAGGCAAGAAAAAUACUUUCAUCUUGAUUUAACAAUAUCUUUUUUUUUAAUCAACACUGAUUUUAAAGGUUCACGUUACUUUUUUAAACAUUUCCUGAGUAUUCUAUAGGUUUAAAGUCUCGUAUCUUGAUAACCAAGGUUCUUUUUCAUAUUUUAAUCAUAAUUCUGUGUUUCUGUGUUCAAAAAUACUUUUGGGAAGAUAUUCCAACUUUUUCAAUCAACCCUUCCCCAAGAAAGAGGCAGCUGAUCUUAUUUUUGAACUGAAGGUCGUCUCGCCUGGAGACAUGGUCGGGUUCUCGGAAACGGCCAAGUGCCAAGCCCUCCGGAAGGCCUUCGACGACGCGAAACGGUCGAAACUCAGUGUCUUGCUGAUCGACAAUCUUGAGCGAUUAUUAGGUUUUGUCCUCCCAAAAACGAUUCCGUCAUCUUCGUGUUAAGAUUAUUCUCCGGUCGGCCCUCGAUACUCGAAUUUGGUCCUCCAGGCUCUUCUCAUUCUAUUGAACGAGCCUCCGAUGCCGGUAAGAUACAUUUUCAAGCAAUUCUUGAUGGUUUUUGAAGCCCUAAAAAGAUUCAACGGAUAAAAAAGUUUAUUCAUUCAAAGUUUAUUUAAAACUGAUUUUUUGAGUUAACUUAGGUCUUUGAUGUAGACAUAGAUGUCGCCCAAGAAAAAUUGAUCUUUAUUUAUUUAUUUAUUCAUCUUAGGAAGAAAAUAAUCUCAGAAAAUCAAAAUUAAAGGGGUACGUUGAAGUUCGUAAAGCUGGCGACUGAAUUCAAAAAAAAAAAGUUGAUCUCAAGAAAGAUAGUUUUAUCGAACGCUUCUAGACUUGGCUGAAAAUUAAGUUUAAGGAAUUUAUGAAAAAAAAUGGCCCCUAGGUGUUUAUCAUAGUCGCUUUAAAAAAUCCCAGUUUUGGAGAAUUUCAAAAAUCGCGUAAAAAGCUAGGUUUCCAACCAAAAAAGACGCUCAUAAAAACUCCAGAGUGGUCCAGAUAUGAUAUGGGUAACCCAGGACCCUUGAAGGUUCCCCUCUAGGGACCAUUCUACCUCCGCCAUAUGGGCCACUUUACCCUGCAAAAGUGGUCCAUAUAGGGGUUUUAGUUAGUGGCCUGUUUGUCGGUUAUUGUUAUCAACUAUGAGAAGAAGCAUUUCCAUACGAAAAGCUGAAUAAAUUCGCAUUUCUGAAGGAUAUUUCUGAAGAACUCUAUAGGGAUAAUUUUUUGCCUUUUAUAGCACCUCUCCUCCCCCUAACCCCUAAAGGGACCACUCUGCCGAUCCUGAUUAGUUUUGACACUAACUAGAAGAAAAUCCUGCAAAUAUUAAGUAUAUGGAAUCUUCAUGUAUGGAUCGUAUGGAUCGGAGCUAUUCUCUCCACUAACCCAAUCUGACAUAAACAGGCUAGAAUCGGUUCAAAGAAAAUUCACCAAACGGCUUCUCCCAAAAGAAACCUAUGCUGUAAGACUAAAAUCCCUUUCUCUAGACACUCUAUGGACAAGGCGUCUGCGAAAAGAUAUCAUAAUCACACAUCAGUUCAUAUAUGGCUAUUAUUGGUGUCCAUCUCCAUUCAAAUUACAAACGAUAUCAAAUAGACAGAAACCAACUGAGAGGCAACGGCCUUGAAACUCGAACCACCACCAAUCCAUCAUGUUCACUAUAACUUUAUUACGCAACGCGUGUAUCAAUACUGGAACGGCUUAAACAGAGUUAUGGUUUUUGAGGAUGACCAAAGAAGAUUUAAAAGUUGUUUGAAAAAAAUUGGUUUUUUUGAUAAGGAAGCUGCAAAUUUCACAAAAAUGAUUCAACUCGUUUAUAGAUUACUUUUCUUUUUUUGAUUCUCUUCGAUUUCGACCUAAAAAUAUUUUUUUAGAUUAAAGUGGAACUUUAUCGAAGUGGAGGCAAAUAUAACUUUCAUGGUUCUCUUCCUCCACGCCACAGAUCUGUCUGUGAGCGAAAUAAACAUUCAUUCAUUCAUCUAGGCACCCAAACUUCUGAGAUUUUUUCGGAAAAUGUAAAGCUUAAAGUGAAGAGACAUUCGUGAGCUAGGCUCGGAAAAUCCAACUCUUAACAAGAAAUAUUUCCUGAUUCCAGGACCACAAACUCCUCGUUUUGGCGACGUCUUCCAAUCGUUCUUUCCUCCGCGAACUCGAGCUCAUCAAUGCUUUCGGCAAGAAAUUCCGAGUGUUUUCUCAUCUUCUUGGGCAAUUCAGGCCACGUCAUCGACGUCCCUCUUCUGAGCGAGCCGCAGCACAUCGUCAACGUGCUCAGCGACUCGAAGGCCUUCAAUGAGAACGAGUUGAACGAGCUCGAGCAACGGCUCAAGUUCCUCGCCCAGCAGAAAGCGUCAGUUUUCUUUUUGCUUGGGAAUCAUUUAUUUGUUUCCGAGUUUCACAAAAAAAUUAAUGUGGUAUUGAUCAGGCUUUUCCGGGCAAAUAGCAUUUGAAGUUUAUCGAUUUCCUAUUUCUCUGAUUUUUUUCGCGACCUUGCUUUGAGCUUUGAAAAAAUGAGAAAAGUUGAAAAAAAUGUUUUUUUUUUCUCUCAGACACACUCUCAUCAUGUACUUUUUCAACUUUAAGAUUUUCUAUCAGGAUGAAUUCUGAAAGGUCACGAAAACGCUAGAUUUGUUUGAUAUGGACUCGUUAUCACUACUCUUAGAUAGGAAAUAGAUCGUUUUUAUUUUUGAUUGGAAAUUUUCUGAAAAUUUGCCAGCUUCUCCCUUGGUGUACCAGAUAAACAUCCUGGACCUGAAAAAUUUAGUUUCCGAAAAAUAAGGGUUUUAAGUCUGAAAAUGGCCCACUUUAACGAAUUUAGGUGAUUUUUUUAAACUUUGAAGUUUUUUUUAUCGGAAACUAGAAAGUUCUGCAGAUUGAAACUUUCAGGACCUUUCUCCUGUUUUUUUUUUUGCAAUUUUUCGAAAAAUUUAAAAUCUCGAAGUAAAAUAACCUUCCUUGUGAACAGAUUUCAAUUCCCUCUCGGAAUUUUUCAAUUUGAGAAGUAUAUAUUUCUUUCCUGUUUAAAAAAUGAAUCAAAUUCGAAUGCUCAACCAAUAAUCCUCUUCGCUUUAGCAUGUUUUUUUACAACAAAUCCAGCUUUUUCGCCUCCAAAUCUCUCAGAUUACAACAGAAAUAUGAUUAGUUUUGAGCGCUCCGUUCUGGGAUUUUUCGAUAUAUUUUUGCAAAUAUGUUGAAUUGUUGUGCUGUUCGAGCCAUUUCGUAGAUUAAGUGCCCAGAAAAACUUGUUGAAAACAAAAAUGAAUGAAUAUGAUAUUUUUUAAUCUUUGGCUGAGACAUAUUUGAGCCGACUCGAAAAGGCCAAACACUGGAAAAUAUAAACCAGAAAAGAAUGAAGGAAAAAAAAAUAUUUUCCAGAUUUGGAAUCGGCAUCAAAAGUCUGCUGGAUCUGAUCAACUUUUCUCGUCAGUGCGAGCCGAAUUACCGCGUUUCGACGCUCCUCAGCAAACUCGAAAACGUCGCUUUGAACUUGUAUUGA